UCCUGCCAAUAAGCUCCCAGGGUAUUUCACCCUUUUGAUUCCGCAGCGUGUCCGUGUGCGACUUCAGGGGGCGUCGAAGAUGGCCCAGAAACUCUUCAGGCCUUUCCUGUCCAUCCCUGUCAAGCAGUUCUCGGCCCCACUUCGUUCCCCAUCCUCAUUGCUCCUAUGCAGGGUCUCGGCUGCACCAUGCAACAUCGCCUGGUGCAGGCCUCUUCCCUUCGCUGCUGUGCCUGCAUCAAGGACAUUUUCCACUACUCAGGUCUUCAGGCACACCUUUAACGUCCAGGAUGUGGAUGACUUCCAAGCCAGAGUUUUGAAGAGUCAGACGCCGGUGGUAAUAGAUUUCCAUGCUCAGUGGUGCGGCCCCUGCAAGAUCCUGGGCCCCAGACUUGAGAAGAUGGUGUCCAAGCACAACGGGAAGGUGCUGAUGGCAAAAGUGGACAUUGACGAUCACACAGAUCUUGCUCUUGAGUACGAGGUUUCAGCCGUUCCCACUGUCCUGGCUGUGAAGAAUGGCGAUGUGGUGGAUAAGUUUGUAGGGAUAAAAGAUGAGGACCAGCUGGAAGCCUUCCUCAAGAAGCUCAUUGGGCCCUGAGAUGCCAAGGACCCCCGUCUCUACCUGCGCCAAGGCCUCUUGCGUUUGCCCCUUUUGCCUGUUUCCUCGGAGGGGAAUGAGGGGGAAUUGAAACGUCUUGUAGGAAUUGGGCGAGUGUCUUGAUUUUUGACGGGAGUGGGUGGCACCAUUCUUCCCCUCCCUUUCCCUUAGGGGCAGUAAUAGUUUUGAGCUUGGUGAGAUGGCCAGCGGCUCUGCGGUGGAGUAGGGAUAGGUCCCACUGCCUACAAACAAGCAAGCAGUGGCAAGAAACGCAGGACUCUUGUGGAUGUAGCAGAGAAACCUCCUUCCCCCACCCGGUCCAGUCUAGACCUUGCCUAGUUAAGAACUGCUGCCCGUGAGGUGGUGGCAUGCUUUACAGUCGCGCUGCUUCACCUCGCCAGUCGGCAUCCUCGCUCCUCCUCUGUCCGGGAGCAGUUUUAAAUCAGCUCAGCUCUUGGGCUGCUGCCCCGACCCUCCCUGCUGCUGUUUAUAAAUGGAAUGAAGAGAAA